CGCUACUAAAAUAAAAAAAAACUAAAAACUAACCUUCCUGCGUUUAAUCUCCAUGUUGUUGAAAACUGAACCGUAAAGAAAUGAAGAAUACGAAAAAGAAUAAGCAUACUACGAAGCGGCUAUUACUAAAAUGACUCCUUGCCGCUGUCUAUUCAUCAGCGAAGCGCCUCUCAACGAUGAGUCUUGACAUAGAGAAGAUUGUUAAGAUAUCUAAUAACAAAAUGGCCGCGAUAAUGACUCAAGGUUUUAUGUACAGUUCGCCUCGCAGAAUUGUAUUAGAAUAUCACGAAGGAAUUACAGUGAAAUUAGAAGAAAACUUAUAGAGAAAAAAAUAUUUCAUUCCUAUUAAGAAAAGAGUGAUCAUUUAUCCGGUACACAAAAAUAAUAUAAGAAGUUAUUCGCAACAAACAUAUAUAGAAGUGACUGUAACAGAAUGGCUUACAAAGAAACUAUACAACAUAAACCAAGUUUUGUAAGAGAAGCUGCAAUUCAAAUUGGUGCAGGAGGCUGUGCAGGUUUUGUAGAAGUCUGCAUAAUGCAUCCAAUGGACCUUAUUAAAACACGCUUCCAACUACAGGUCAAAAUUGCACAAAAUGAUGCUCUUUACUAUACAGGAAUUCGUGACUGUAUGAGAAAAAUGUAUCUAAAUGAAGGGUUUGCAGCAUUCUGGAAAGGUAUAUUACCUCCAGUUAUUAUGGAAACGCCAAAAAGAGCAGUGAAAUUCUUCUCCUUUGAGCAGUACAAGAAGCUGUUUAGUGAUAGCUCAUCAAAAACAAUGGUAUUUUAUUAUGCUGGCUUCCUGACAGGUGUAACAGAGGGUAUUUUAGUGAAUCCAUUUGAAGUAGUUAAAGUACAAAUGCAAUCUGAUCGCAAGCAUUUUAAACAUAGUCCAUCAACUUUCACUGUAACCCAACGAAUACUUGCACAACAAGGGUUUGGAUUGAAUGGUCUCAAUAAAGGUUUAUCUGCUACAAUAAUGCGAAACAGUAUUUUUAAUACGUUCUACUUCGGUAUUUACAAUACUCUUCUUCCAUGGGUGAAGACACAACAAGAUUAUGCUCCAGAAUUGUUGCUUAAGUUUGUCAUAGGCUUUAUAUCAGGUACAUUAGCAUCUUGUAUGAAUAUACCAUUUGAUGUUGCUAAAAGUCGCAUACAAGGACCUCAAGGUGAAAUUCAAUACAGGGGGACUAUACAAACAAUUUAUAUAGUCUAUCAUAGAGAAGGAUUCAGAGCCUUGUAUAAAGGAUUACUACCAAAGGUCUUGAGAUUAGGACCAGGUGGUGCGAUUAUGCUUAUAGUUUAUGAACAUAUGAAAUCGUAUCUUAAUGUGGUUGUUCCUUAUUGAUAGCAGUACUAGACUAACAUAGACUGAAUGUGUGCAUUUAUUGCUACUACCAAACCAUUAUUUUAAUUUGCAAGUAUAUUCUUCAAAAGAAAGAUCUUAAAAUGCAUCUCAUAGUAUAAUUUAUUAUCAAUUAAAGUCUCUUCUUAAUUUUAAUCUAUUAAAAUGGUAAUAGUUAAUUAAUGUGCACUACAAUGUAUCUUUAUUAGAUAUAUUGUUUUUUAUCUUUAUUACAGGCGAAAACUAAGUGAAUCCUAUUAAUCGUAAAAAAAAAAUAAAUAAGUAGUAAACACAA